AUGGAGCCGGCUAACCCUCCGAAUGUGGCGGCGGCGGCGGAGGUGGCGGCGCAGUCGCCGGAGGAGGAGCGGAGGAUGCAGUUCUACGUGGAGCUGAAGCCGGGGGAGACCACCAUUGUGUCGUGGAAGAAGCUGCUCAGGGAGGCUGCGAAGGAGGGUGGGGAUUCGGCCCCGCAAGUCGGGGUCGAUCCGGUGUUCGCCGACCAAGCUGGUCCUUCUGGUCCGAUUAUACCUGCUGAAAAUGAACUGAAGGAUGAUCAACCACCUCAGAACAGAUUUAGCGCAGUCAUUGAAAAAAUUGAACGCCUAUAUAUGGGUAAGCAAAGCAGCGAUGAGGAAGAACUUGAUGACAUUCCUGACGAUGAUCAAUAUGACACUGAGGAUUCGUUUAUUGAUGAUGCUGAACUGGAUGAAUAUUUCCAAGUUGACAAAUUGGCAACUAAACACACUGGUUAUUUUGUCAAUAAAGGAAAGUUGGAACAGAUCGAACCUAGCUCUACACCUAAUGUUAUGCUAAACAGAAGGAGAAGAAAAGAUUCAACAAAAGUUCGUGGAGAAAAGGAUCGAGAUCAUGAUGCUAGCAUGGGUGAUAUGCAGAUGAUAACUGUUGCAGGCAGUGCUUCUGUCGCAAGGGGAAAGUCAUCAAGUAGAGAUUUGGGUCUCUAUGGUGAACAUUUUCACGAAGAAAGGAGACGGAUGAAAAAUUCAUUAAAGGCCCCCACAGCAGUCCUUAAAAAGAAAUUUGGCGAUUACACAUCCAGUGUUGACAAUCCAACAUCUGCAAAGCUUUCGGAUAAUAUUGUCUUGUCUCUGCCUUCAGUGCGGAAGGAAUUCCAGAGACAUAAAGCUGGUGCUUCUUCACAUUAUGAAGGUCAAAUAAAGAAGUCAUCGCUUAUUGACGAAAAUGCCAGAGCAAAUAAAGUACGGCGCAAAGAACACUAUGCAGCUGGUGAAUUUGCUGACAUGAACAGUUAUGGAAGUGUCUAUCCUACACAAACAAUACAGCCAACAUAUGCUAAGGAGAAGGAAGGUUCUUCUAUGAGGCCUAAGGGCACGACACUUGAGCGAGCUAUUCGUGACCUUGAGAAGAUAGUUGCAGAGUCCAGACCACCAAGUCAUGAUGUCCAUGUUGUGGAUCCUGCAACUCAAGGAGCUAAAAGGAGAUUGCCUCAGGAAGUAAAGCAAAAGCUUGCUAAAGUUGCGAGAUUAUCGGCAACACGAGGUAAAAUAUCAGAAGACGAGUUACUAGACCGCCUUAUGGGUAUUCUUGGUCAUCUGGUUCAGCGCGAGACUCUGAAGAGAAACAUUAGGCAGAUGGUUGAAUUGGGACUUUCAGCUAAACAGCAGAAGGCUGACCGAUUCCAGCAAAUAAAAAAAGAGAUCAAUGAAAUGAUCAGAGCACAUGUUUCACAGAUGCAGACGAGGGCAUCUGAACAACUGGAUGGUUCAGCUGAUGAUUUUCAGGAAGGCAUUAAUAGCAAUGUAAGAAAAGAUCUGAAAGGGAGGUAUCGCAUGGAUGCUGCUCUAGAAGACAGAAUCUGCGAUCUCUAUGAUUUGUAUGUUGAGGGAAUGGAUGAAGACAAAGGCCCUCAAAGCAGGAAAUUAUAUGUUCAGCUUGCUGAGUUAUGGCCGCAUGGUUAUAUGGAUAAUGUUGGGAUCAAAGAUGCUAUAUACAGAUCGAAGGAACGCAAAAGGGCACUUUACAGGCCACACAAGGUUCGCGACGAGGAACGGAUUAAGAGGAAAAAACUCGCCUCAGCUGUCAGGGUUGAGGUAAACAGUCAAACUAGCACUCAAGGGCGAGCCAUACAAGAGCGACCGGCUAUCGAUUCCGCUAGCCACACCAUAGUUCCUUCUAACAAGCCGCUGUCCAAUCAGCCUCUGCCUUCGCCUACUGCCGAACCCGGACUUAUCCAAGGAUCGAAAAUGAUCGACAAGGCUCAACUAGGUGGUUCAAGCGCAAUUGCCGAUUUUGAUGUGAAGAAGAAGCUGAAGAGGAAGUCGGAAUCGGAACCGGGAGAAACCCUAGUCCAUCCGCUUAAGGUUGAUGCGCAGCAUGGCAAGGAAAGAAACAAGCCUCACAAGCUGGGCGACGGUGCGAACGCGACCAACCAAGCUAAGUUGAGUCCUCAGGUAAGUGGCGGUCCUUCAGGUUCGGACCACCCGAAUUGACUUCCGUUUUUGAGGUAGCAUUUUUUUUCCCCCUUUCUUACAUGGAUGAGCUAAUGUGUUCUUUUUGUGAGCAUAGGUUGGAUGUAACAAAAAUAUUAAUGCGGUUAGGAUGUGAAUUGCUUGCUUAAUUUUCGCCUUGUUUGUUUUAGAGUUUUGUUCUCUUUGCUUUCAUUUAUUUAAUUUCCUCUUCUGUUGUAGGUGCAGUUGUUCUUCUUUCUUUUUUUCUUUUUCAUUGUUUUGGGAAGAAACCUGUUACAUAGCUUUAGCCAUUCUACAGCUGAUAUCUACAAGGAGAAAGUAUGUUUGAAGUUA